AUGUCGGAUAAAAACGAUACCGCUGUCAGAAACCACACCCAUGUGUUCCAUCAGAAUCGAUGGGCCCGGUGGCUUGAGGAUCCUCCGCUUUCAUUGAACACGCGUAAGAAACCGCCACUUGUUGGAGUUCCAUUGGGCGAGAGAGGCAAGCAGCUGUUGGUCCAAGCGCGCGAGCGGUUCAAAGGGAGGAUAAAAGCCAAGGAAGGGCAGUCUCCGGUUAAUUAA